AUGAGUUCAUAUACUCAAUCCUAGUUUACUAUUUCAGAUAAAUAAUUGAUUGAUUUUACUAAACAAUAGGCAAACUCAGAUUCUGAAGAGGAUGAAGCAUGUUAAUCAUUGUUAUUAAUGAAUAAUAAGGAUUAUAAAAAAUAGAAGAAAAAUAUUGAUAUUGAGUUAAUAAAAUCUGAAUUAAAUCAUUUGCCACCAAUAACCUUUAAUGAUUAACAAAAAAAAUAUAGUAAAUAAUUUUAGAGACCAAAUGUGAGAUCAUUGUCGAAUACUUUCAUUCCAACUUCUCCAAUAUUAAUUGAAUAGUUAGGAUAAGUAAAAGCUAUCAGGAAUAUGAAAGAAUAAAUUCCACCUGAAAUAAUGCAUAAAGUAUAUACUUAGUUAAGGUAUCUAAUUAAAUGGAAGUUAGAUAUUAAUAUUGUCCAGGAUAUAAUUUAGUGUAUAGAUAGGGAGACUAAAAUAAAUAUUUUUAUAUAAUACUUGAUGGAAGAUGUGCAGUAAUGAAACCUAAGGAAAAGAUGGUAGGAAUGCAAAGUUUAUAAAUUGAGUUAGAAAAAGAAAAUAAAUAAAUUGUUGAUCCCUAUGGAUUAAAGAAUUUAUUUCCAGAUUAUAUGAUAAUGAAAAUGCUUUUUUCAGGAGAGUAUAAUAUUAAUUGAAAUUUUGAUAGUUCAUUUGGAGAAGUUGCGAUCAAAUUAGAAAGUUCAAGAGCUUCAACAGUCAUUGCAGUAGAAAAUACUCAUCUUUUAUAUAUGAGUGAGGCUGCAUAUGUUUAAUUAUUGGAUCCAUACUUAAGUGAAGCAUUGGAAGAAAAAAUAAAAUAUUUUAAAAAAAAUAUACUUUUUUCAACUGGUGAUUCUGAUUUAAAUGAAAUUAUGGGAAUUUUAUUAGAAUGUCAUAAAAUAACAUAUAAAGCAGGAGAAAUUAUAUAUGAUGAAGGAAACAAAUCAAGUUAUUUAUAUUUUAUAAUAAAUGGAGAAGUUGAACUUUNGAACUUAGAGGUUUCUUAAAAGAUAAUUAAAAUGUUAGUUAAAAUAUAGGAAAAUCUGCAGAAAACAUUUAAAAAUAAAUGUGAAAUAAAUAAUAAUAUAUUAGAAAAAGUUAUAAUACAUUUUAAUUCAUAUAUAGAGAAUUAAUGAGUUCAUAUACUCAAUCCUAGUUUACUAUUUCAGAUAAAUAAUUGAUUGAUUUUACUAAACAAUAGGCAAACUCAGAUUCUGAAGAGGAUGAAGCAUGUUAAUCAUUGUUAUUAAUGAAUAAUAAGGAUUAUAAAAAAUAGAAGAAAAAUAUUGAUAUUGAGUUAAUAAAAUCUGAAUUAAAUCAUUUGCCACCAAUAACCUUUAAUGAUUAACAAAAAAAAUAUAGUAAAUAAUUUUAGAGACCAAAUGUGAGAUCAUUGUCGAAUACUUUCAUUCCAACUUCUCCAAUAUUAAUUGAAUAGUUAGGAUAAGUAAAAGCUAUCAGGAAUAUGAAAGAAUAAAUUCCACCUGAAAUAAUGCAUAAAGUAUAUACUUAGUUAAGGUAUCUAAUUAAAUGGAAGUUAGAUAUUAAUAUUGUCCAGGAUAUAAUUUAGUGUAUAGAUAGGGAGACUAAAAUAAAUAUUUUUAUAUAAUACUUGAUGGAAGAUGUGCAGUAAUGAAACCUAAGGAAAAGAUGGUAGGAAUGCAAAGUUUAUAAAUUGAGUUAGAAAAAGAAAAUAAAUAAAUUGUUGAUCCCUAUGGAUUAAAGAAUUUAUUUCCAGAUUAUAUGAUAAUGAAAAUGCUUUUUUCAGGAGAGUAUAAUAUUAAUUGAAAUUUUGAUAGUUCAUUUGGAGAAGUUGCGAUCAAAUUAGAAAGUUCAAGAGCUUCAACAGUCAUUGCAGUAGAAAAUACUCAUCUUUUAUAUAUGAGUGAGGCUGCAUAUGUUUAAUUAUUGGAUCCAUACUUAAGUGAAGCAUUGGAAGAAAAAAUAAAAUAUUUUAAAAAAAAUAUACUUUUUUCAACUGGUGAUUCUGAUUUAAAUGAAAUUAUGGGAAUUUUAUUAGAAUGUCAUAAAAUAACAUAUAAAGCAGGAGAAAUUAUAUAUGAUGAAGGAAACAAAUCAAGUUAUUUAUAUUUUAUAAUAAAUGGAGAAGUUGAACUUUCUAAAAAAAUAGAAGAUAAAAAUCUAGUUCUAUCCUCUUAUGGAGAAUAUUAAUAAUUUGGAGAAGUUGAAAUUUUGAAUAAGGUUCAUAGAUUCACAAAAGCUAGAGUUAUAUCACCUAGAUUGAAUGUUUAUAAAAUAAGAAAAAAUAAGUUCUUUAAUAAUUUAGGAAAUUUUUUAGUGUAUGAAAAUAUGAAGAAAAAAUCAAAAACAAUUUAUUAACAUUGGAAUUUAAUUUAUUAAUCUGCAAUAACAUAAAUAAAUGAUAAAAAUUAUGUAAUAGUACCAUUUAAUAUAGGCUUAUUUACAUGUUGAGAAAAAAAGAACAUCAUAGAAAAGGAAAAAGUAUCAUUCAUCUAAUCAUAAUAUGAGUUAAGUUAAAGUAUUUCAAAAUAUAACAGAAUCAGGAAUAAUAAAUGAUGAUUCUUGUGAAUUAUUAAUGGAAGAAAAAGGAUAGAGAGUUUUUAGUAAUGCUCUUCAAUAAUAGUAAUAGAAAUUAAAGAAAUUUGGAAAUCAAAAUUUUGAAUCAGAGACUAAAUAAAUUAGAGAACAGUAUUUAAAUACUUAAAUUAUUAAGUACAUACAUUGAUGAGAGAGUAGUUCCUAAAUUAAGAUAAAGAAAGGAUGAAAAAUUCUCUUUUCAUGCUAAAUUACCUAGUAUAAGUCCUAAUAAAAUACUACCUUAAAUGAAUUUAGAUCAAGUUCUAGAUUCUAUAACAAGAUUACCAAAAGUGCCUUAAGACAAUUUAGUACUUUCCUUAAUGUAUCAAGAAGCUUACAAAUCUAAUAAUCCCGAUAAAAAGGCAAGACAAGUUCAAUAGCUUAUUUAAGCUUCAUUCAAAAAAGUCUAAAAAUAUUAAACUUCAAAAGAGCCAUUAAAUAAUUAAUCUAGAUUUAAAUCUACAGAUUCUUUAUUGAAGAAUCUUAAAAUUAAUGAAAGUCUAGAAGUUAAAAAGGAAAAAGUAGAUUAUUUAAAUUUUGUUCAUCCAAAAAAAAUAUUUUGA